UUCAAGAGCAGGGAAAAUGUUACGGCCAAACUUCCUAUGCAUAGGUCUGGUAUUCUUGAUUGCUGUUUUUUAUGAGGCAGAUGGAUAUCACUCUUAUAGUUUGGAUGAUUGCACCUAUUCCUCACGGGACCUUUCAGAUGCAGAAUACCUUCGUAUUGUUUAUUUUAACAAGGUUAAACAUGUACAGUUCAACAGUACUUUGGGGAAAUUUGUAGCAUUUACCAAACAAGGAUGGAGGGAUGCAGAUUACUGGAACAAUGAUGCUGCCUACAUACAGCAGCUGACAGGUGAAAUAGACAGAGUCUGCAGACACAAUGCCCAAAUUUACUUCUCAUCUAUUCUUGACAAAACAGUGCCACCAAAGGUCCGUGUGAGGUCAGUCAAAAAGGGCAGUGGCACACAUCCUGCUGUGCUGAUGUGCAGUGCCUACAGCUUCUACCCCAAAGUCAUCAAACUGACCUGGUUAAAGGAUGGUAAACCAGUGACCUCUGAUGUUACCUCCACUGAGGAGAUGGCUGAUGGUGAUUGGUUCUACCAGGUCCAUUCCCACCUGGAGCACAUCCCCAAAUCAGGAGAGAAGAUUUCUUGUAUGGUGGAGCAUGCCAGCUUCACUAAACCCAUGACAUAUGACUUGGAUCCCUCUGUGUCAGAAUCUGACACAAACAAGAUUGCUAUUGGAGCCUCUGGACUUGUGCUGGGGGUCAUCCUAGCAGCUGCUGGAUUGAUCUACUACAAGAAGAAGUCAACAGGACGGAUCUUGGUGCCACAUUAAGAGUCGGUGUUUAUUCAAAGAUCGUGCUCAUGUGAAGAACCUCCCCAGUUUCUCAGCUGUGCACCUUAUCUACCAAACUGUAACGUCUGAUAUGGAGCAUCUUAUUAAAUAUAUCUCAAACCUUCUGCUUAAUAACCAAAGAUGCUCCAUUUUUUACAUUAUCAAAUCACUGUGACUUUGCCAAAGGAGGCUGGCUAUCAAAUGGUAUGAGUGCAAAUUUUCUGGACCAAUAAGACAGGAAAUCCUAUAAAAGUAUGCCACAGGGGUUAAAAUAAUUUCUAAAUUGCUGAAUUUUCAGAAAUUUAGAGAAUAAAUAUAAAUGAUGAUGAUUA